AGGAAGCGCCGAAAGGGCGAGGAAAGAAUUCUUGUGAUUCUCUUUUUCCCCUUUCACAGGCCAUAAUCUUUUUUCUUUUUCGUACACGAACCAAUUUCUCGAUUUUCUAGUUACGAAAACUAGAAACAUCAUAAUAUAAUUUCCCGACAUGACACGGCUUCGUUUAUAGUACUUCCUUUUUUCUAAUUAAUUUCUGAACUGAUCGGAAAGUACCGACGAUGCCGCCUCAGCUAGGAGCUGCCACGGUCCUCGCUCUUCGCGCUGGUCGUCAGAGCUCUCCUAGCUAUAAUCUCGCAUAUUCGACUCUACUACGACAGACAACGCGCGCGAACAUUCGCCAAUUCGGCAUUCUAUCUCGAUCGAGUAUUUCGAAACGAAGUACACCCACAAAAAAUACACAAUGGCUGUUCCCACCUAAGCGCAUCCUACGCGAAAUUUCGGGCAAACCCCUCCCACAGAGACGAUCCGUAAUUCUCAACUUCGCAUAUCGCACAGCGGCAGUAAUAGGAACGGGAAUUGGGUUCAUAGGAGCUCUAUUCGCAGCUUUUUUCUUAUAUGACGCCACUACUUAUAAAGAGGAGUCGAUUACCUUUGGUGAUUGUCAAGUCUCCUCAAAUGCUCUAAAUCCGCGUCGCGGGGGACCUAAGAAUCUCCCAAUUAUAGAAGCGCUGCUCGACGACGAAGAUAAUGAGGAAGCAAGGAAGAAGAGAAGUAAGCCCCGACUUGUUAUCUUGGGUAGUGGCUGGGGUAGUGUCGCGCUUCUCAAACAACUCAACCCGGAGGAUUACCACGUGACUGUCAUCAGUCCGAAGAAUUACUUCUUGUUCACUCCUAUGUUACCCUCUGCGACUGUUGGUACUCUAGAAUUGCGAAGUCUCGUUGAACCUAUCCGAAGAAUUCUAUCAAGGAUUGGUGGGCAUUAUCUCCGAGCUUCCGCCGAAGAUGUUGAAUUUUCACACAAAUUGGUCGAGGUUUCACAGGUUGAUUCCAAAGGUGAGGAGGUGAGAUUUUAUAUACCGUAUGACAAAUUAGUCAUCGCGGUAGGAUCCGUCACAAACCCUCACGGAGUCAAGGGACUAGACAAUUGCUACUUCCUUAAGGAUAUUAACGACGCGCGUAUGAUUCGGAACCAGGUUAUGAAGAAUUUGGAGCUCGCUUGUCUUCCUACGACAGAUGAUGAUGAACGGAAACGACUUUUAUCCUUCGUGAUCAGCGGUGGUGGUCCCACUGGUGUCGAAUUUGCAGCUGAACUAUUCGAUCUAUUGAACGAGGACCUAACCAGAAGAUUUCCUCGACUUCUACGAAAUGAAAUCUCAGUCCACUUAAUACAGAGCAGGGGUCAUAUUCUUAACACAUACGAUGAAGCCCUUUCCAAAUACGCCGAAGACCGAUUUGCUCGUGACCAAGUCGAAGUACUUGUCAACUCCCGAGUGAAAGAGGUACAAAAGGACAAGAUCAUAUUUACUCAACAAACCCAGGACGGUCAAGUCAUCACUAAAGAACUCCCAAUGGGAUUCUGUUUAUGGUCCACUGGUGUUUCUCAAGCGGAUCUAUGCCAGCGCCUAGCCGCGAAGCUAGGAGCAGCACAAAACAAUCGUCACGCCCUCGAAACAGAUACUCACUUACGCCUUAACGGCACACCCCUAGGCGACGUAUACGCAAUCGGUGACUGUUCAACCGUGCAAAACAACAUCGCCGACAACGUCAUAACCUUCCUCCGCGGGCACGCCUUCAAACAAGGCAAAGACCCGGAAACCGUAGAACUACACUUCAGCGACUGGCGCGCCGUCGCCUCCGACGUAAAACGGCGUUUCCCGCAAGCAGCCGCGCACCUAAAACGGCUCGACAAGCUAUUCUCACAAUUCGACAAGGACCAAUCCGGAACCCUCGAUUUCGGCGAACUACGCGAGCUGCUCAAGCAAAUCGACAGUAAACUCACAUCCCUACCCGCUACCGCGCAGCGCGCGAAUCAGCAGGGUAUUUAUCUUGCUAAGAAAUUCAAUAAGCUCGCGCAUUGCGCGCCUGGGUUACGGGCUAAUGAUGUGAGAGAUGGGGAUCUGGAUGAGGCGUGUUAUAAAGCGUUUGAGUACCAUCAUCUGGGUAGUCUGGCGUAUGUUGGGAAUAGCGCUGUUUUCGAUCUUGGAGGCGGGUGGGGGAUGAGUGGUGGCUUGUGGGCGGUGUAUGCUUGGCGUAGUGUGUAUUUUGCCCAGAGUGUUGGUGUGAGGACGAGAGUGCUCAUGGCUAUGGAUUGGGCGAAGAGGGGACUUUUUGGACGAGAUUUGAUGAGUUAUUAGACGGACUCGAAAAGCAUAGGUGAUAUCUAGACUACAGAAUAGGCGCCCAGGUGAGGCGGCUACCGAGCCUAUUAAAAUUGAGUUGAUUUGUAUAUAUUGGGGGUGGCUGGACUCAAUUCUAAUAAUAGGGGCGCCGUUCGAAAUUAGGAUCAUGAUAAUGUGGUAAUUCCGGCCUUGGUGUCUACUAGAAAUUAGACUACGAGGGGAUUGGAAUUGAUGAUAAUGAGAAUGGGUUAAACUGGCUUUUCCAGCAUGAUUUUUUCUUCUUUUUACGUUCGUCACACCAUCGGAUAUUUAGCAGGCAGCUGAUAAAGUGUAUCCUGGUUCGCACUGUGUGACAGGAAGCAUUACUAAGUCCUCACAAAUAGGAGCGGUAUAAUUGGGAUAGCUUCGAAGGUAGUAUCGCAUUUAUUAUUUGUCAAUGCCAGUAGUUUCCGUCU